AUGGAGCUAUGGCCGGUUGCCAUUGCCAUGGCCUUGGGCACCGCGAGCUGCCUACUGCUGCUGGGGUCCGCAGAGCUGGCGCUGUUGCGGACCCUGCUGAAGAUGCUCGCGUGCAAAGGCCGGCGGAACCGGGGGCAGCUCACAGGUUUGCGCUUCCCGACCUCGGCGGAUGAGCUGACCUCUUCCAAAGGCCCAGCGAGGCUCACGGCGAUGCUGAAGCCGCACCUGCCGAAAGGAGUGUCGGUGACCUCCGUGCGAAAUCUGCAGACGGAGAUCAAGGAUGGGGUGAAGGGUGAGAAGGCGAUGCUGAAGGUGACCUACUCUAAGCCGGUAGACGCGGAGAUCCUGCCCAACGUUUUCUUCGUGAAGUUUAAUCUACAGGACUGGAGCCCCAUGCGGAUCUUCGUGCAGAGCUCGCAGGUGUGCAAGUGCGAGGCCCUCUUCUACCACAUCUUGGCCAAGGAGAUCUCCGACUUCCUGAGGACCCCAAAGUGCUUCUUUGUGGAUUUCAACGAGAUGACAGGUGAGUUCUGCCUGGUGACGGAGGCCCUGGACUUCGGCCACCAGUACUUGCCGCUGAAGCACCGCGUCCGUGAUGCGGCAAGCCUCGAGGAUCAGUUGCUCUUUAUUGAGACUGGGGCGAUGCUGCACUGCCGGCUUGGGAACAGCCCAGUGCUUCUCAAGAUGCCCAAGUUCCAUGAGACCCAUCGAGAGAUGUGGGUGCUUUGUGCUCUCAGUGGCCGGUUCGGGCUGUCUCACAGCGUGCAGAAGACGGUCAGGGGCCAGAGGGUCAACGAAGCCUGGAUGACCUGGGACUGCCCAUCGGAACUGCUGGGCAAGGAGCGGGACAUCAUCCGAGACAUGCCCGGUAUCAUGACCUCGCUGUCCAAGGACCCUGAGAUGGCAGUCUUUGGCCACAACGACCUCACCACCGACAACGCGUUCUACUGGAAGGACGCGGGGAAGCUGCACAUGGGCCUGUUCGACUGGCAGCAGAGCUGCGUGAACAACUUGGGCCAAGAAUGGGCCUGGAACUGGCAUUUCCUGGAGCCCGAGUUCCUUGCAAAGCACGAGGAGACUCUCAUUGACCACGUGCUGUCCACCUAUGAGCGAUUGGGCCGCCAGAUCUCCAGAGCCAAGUUUCUGAACGCUUACGUCCUGGGCACUGCGCAGAUGUUCGUCUUCAGCGGCGGUGGCUUGCAGCUGCUGAUGACAGAUCUCCAGUCCAAGGGCAUCUUCGAGUCCUUGGUGCCGGAGGACGUGCGAUGCAAAGAUCCGGGCCUGGACCAGGAGCUGCGAGAGAAGCUGGUGGGUGCAGAGAUGACGCGCCGGACCUUCACAAACUGCUGUAGUAUCAUGCGACGACAUGACUUCUACUCUGCUUGGCAGAAAUGGAGGGAGACGCACUGA